AUGACUCAGCUUAUUACUACAAUGAGAAUUCUUACCGAUCUUGAUUUUGUAGUGACGGAAGAGAGGAGGGCUGCUGAGGCGAAGAGGAUGAACGAGUCCUCUAAGCGACGCCUUAUACUUGGCCUCCAAGGGAAGAAAAAGAAGAGCCGGCAGCCGGAAGAGGUACUGGCAUCAUCGGGAGGAGUCGACCUCGAAGACCAGACCAUCACCGACCGUCUCCGUCAGCUCAACGCUGGCUCGGCGCAGGUCGGAGCGACAACGGUCGAGGGCACCUCCUCCAAAGUAGCCGGCAAGCGCCCAAUCACCGUCGAUCUAGAUGCCGAUCUCGCCCCAAAGCGCGGGCGGCAGAUUGAGCCUGCUCGGGCCAUCUUCGCUGCCUAA